CAAAGUUCCUAUCAACGCACUCUGACCGUUUUGUGUAGAGUCAAAAGUUUCUUAUGUGAGGGAAAUAUGAUACCCAGAGAAUCUCUCAAGGUCGUGGUUGUCUACGGUUCCGAUCUCCUCCAAUCUUUUUCCAUUCCUGGAUUUUGGAUUCCUGAGCAGGUCAGGACCAUAUGCAGUGAGUAUCGUAUGGUUUGCACUCGAAGAGAAGGACAAGAUAUUGAGAAAAUUUUCUCAGAUGAUCCGAUUUUGAAUGAGAACCGGGAUAACAUAAGAAUUGUGGAUGAACUCAUACCGAACCAAAUAAGCUCAACAAGAGUGAGGGAUUGCGUUUCAAGAGGUUUGUCAAUAAAAUAUCUGACUGAGGAUGAAGUGAUUGAUUAUAUUAAAGGAAACCAUCUUGACUUGAACUCAAACGACAAGUGAUGCUCACUCUACUUUUAGGCAAUGGAUUUAUUUAAAACAAAAGAGAGAUAGAAAGAAUGAUUUAGCAAGAAAAGCCGAAAGUGCUUCGUAUAAAGUGAAAGAAUCUGUAGGACUUUCAG